AAUCGAGGUUGUUGUGAGAGAUGGCAGUGGCGGCACUCGGUCAGCUAAGUGGAGGAGCCACCGCCAGCUUGGGGUUCUCGUAGUGUCGACUGCUUCGAGAGAUUGGAGCAGAUUGGUGAAGGAACUUAUGGACAAGUGUUCAUGGCUAGAGAAAUCAGACUGGGGAGAUUGUUGCUUUGAAAAAGAUACGAAUGGAUAAUGAGAAAGAAGGGUUCCCUAUCACCGCCAUUCGUGAAAUUAAAAUUUUGAAGAAGCUUCAUCAUGAAAAUGUAUAGCUGAAAGAGAUUGUCAAUUCUCCGGGUCCUGAGAGGGAUGAGCAAGGGAGGCCAGAUGGUAACAAGUACAAAGGAAGUACCUAUAUGGUUUUUGAGUACAUGGACCAUGACUUGACGGGCCUUGCUGAUCGUCCUGGACUCAGAUUUACAAUUCCCCAGAUAAAGUGUUAUAUGAGGCAGCUGCUCACUGGGCUCCACUACUGUCAUGUUAAUCAAGUACUUCACAGGGAUAUUAAAGGUUCAAAUCUUUUGAUAGAUAAUGAAGGAAAUUUGAAGCUAGCGGAUUUUGGUCUUGCGAGGUCAUUUUCUUAUGACCACAAUAACACUCUUACAAAUCGUGUUAUUACUUUGUGGUAUCGACCUCCGGAGUUGCUACUUGGAGCCACAAGGUAUGGACCAGCUGUUGACAUGUGGUCUGUUGGGUGCAUCUUUGCAGAGCUAUUGAAUGGAAAGCCUAUCUUGCCAGGAAAAAAUGAGCCUGAGCAAUUGAAUAAGAUAUUUGAGCUUUGUGGUUCUCCUGAUGAAGUCAUCUGGCCUGGUGUCUCCAAGAUGCCUGGGUAUAACAAUUUGAAGCCCUCAAGGCCCAUGAAGAGGCGUGUCAGGGAGGUUUUCAGACAUUUUGACCGCCAUGCUCUAGAAUUAUUGGAGAAAAUGCUAAUGCUUGAUCCUUCCCAGAGAAUCUCUGCAAAGGAUGCACUUGAUGCCGAGUAUUUCUGGACUGACCCCUUACCUUGUGAUCCCAAGAGCUUGCCUCAAUACGAAUCAUCACAUGAGUACCAGACCAAGAAAAGAAGGCAGCAGCAACGACAACAUGAAGAAGCGGCAAAGAGACAGAAAAUACAUCACUCACAGCAGCAUGGUCGCCUGCCUCCUAUACAACAUACUGGGCAGUCUCAUCACUGGUCUGGACCAAAUCAUCCUAUGAAUAAUGCAGCGCCUCCGGUUCCUGCUGGUCCUGGUCACCAUCACUAUGGAAAGCCUCGAGGGCCUCCUGGAGGCCCAAACAGGUAUGCAAGCGGAAACCAAAGCGGGGGAUAUAACCAAAAUCGUGGAGGCCAAGUUGGAGGGUACAACAAUGGGCCAUAUCCACCACAAGGGCGUGGUCCACCAUAUGCUGGCAGUGGUAUGCCUGCUAAUGGUCCCAGAGGACCCAGUGGUGGCUAUGGUGUUGGCCCUCCAAACUAUUCCCAAAGUGGUCAAUAUGGAAACUCCGGCACUGGCCGAGGUCCAAACCCACCAGGUGGUAGUCGAAAUCAACAAUAUGGUUGGCAGCAAUAAGGUUUAUAGGUACUGCUUGAAGUCAAUCAGAUACUACACUAACUGAAUAUAAGUAAUCCAAUAAACUGAGAUGAAUUUAUCUGGCCUCGGUUUGGGAUGCUUUUCGAGUUAUGUCAAGACUCAAGACUUCGUAUUUUAUUGGCUUUUUGUUUUAUAUCUAAAAGCUGUUUUCGUUCAGGUGCCUCGUCUUCAUACGGCAUUUUAAUUAAGUGCUGGUGAAAAUUUGAAGAUUAAUCUUAUGUGUUUUUUAUCUGUACAGACCAGAAUUCUCAGUUUUGAAAAGAGUACAAGUUUUGUUCAACA